CCCGCAGCUCAUCCGGAACCGCCGCCUCCGGGCUCCGGUUGCGCGGGGGGAGCGGCGCGGCGGUGACACGGCUCCGGGCGUGUGGCGGCGCCCGUGACCCUUUCUACCUCUCUCUUCUUCUCCCCGGCUUCGCGGCUCCGAGGGUUUAGUGGAGUCCUGAUCUCAGAUUAUAUAGUACUGAAACUUGGAAGACAUAUUCACAGAACAAAGAAAUGGAAGAGAGAGCCUACCCACAGAAUUCAGGAACAGCCUGAGAAUUUGUCAGAUACAGAUGCAUAAAAAAGAGGAUAUGUGCUUUCCGCGCACAUGGAAUUCACUUUUAGUAAACAUCAGAGAGACUGAGUUUACUGGAUAGGGCUUGCACCGCAGUCUUGAUCAGUGAAAAAGCAGAGUGACUGGUAUGUAGUACUUACUAGCAGGAGUUCUAUGGCUACCAUAAAAUGACUCGACAAGUAGCAAAGAUUGUGAAAGAGAGAAGAGGCUCUUUAAGAGGAUUCUUAACUCUGCUGGGUCAAUUGAUAAAAAACGUGUGAAGUCUACUGUAUGUUGAACUCCUUGAUGAUUUUAGUCAAGCAAUUCUGUGGUGUCUUCUGAGAGCUCAGCAUGAGAUAAAGGUUCCUGGAGACUUCUAGGCAAGUGUUGAGGGAGCAGGCUGCCACUGCUGCUGUUUUGGCCAGAGAGACACCAGUAUGGCUGCUACAGUGAACUUGGAACUUGAUCCCAUUUUUUUGAAAGCACUGGGUUUCUUGCAUUCAAAGAGUAAGGACUCUGCUGAAAAGCUGAAAGCACUUCUUGAUGAGUCUUUGGCCAGAGGAACUGACUCAAACUAUCGUCCAUCUCAGAAGGAAGUAGAGCAACCAAAGGUAUCUGUUACCAAACCUGUUUCCAGUAAGCAAGAGCCAAAAGCAUCUUCUAGUUUGCCUUCUGGCAACAACAAUGGCAAGCCCGUUGCAUCAGAAAAGGUGAAAAAAGAAGCAGAAAAGAGAUCUGCUGAUAAAAUAAAAGGAGAUCCUGCUGAAGCAGCUGAUGCACCAAAGAAACCGAGACUAGAGAAGCAAGAGGCUCAUUCUUCUCCUAUUACCGUUCAGACAAGCAAGGAUUUAUCCAUGCCUGAUUUGUCUAGCUUUGAAGAAACCAGUGCUGAUGACUUUGCUAUGGAAAUGGGAUUAGCCUGUGUUGUUUGCAGGCAAAUGACAGUUAUUUCUGGAAAUCAGCUAGUGGAGUGUCAGGAGUGCCAUAAUCUCUACCACCAGGAUUGCCAUAAACCUCAGGUGACAGACAAGGAAGCAAAUGAUCCUCGUCUUGUAUGGUAUUGUGCCCGCUGUACCAGGCAGAUGAAGAGAAUGGCUCAGAAGACACAGAAACCACCUCAAAAACCAGCUCCUGCAGUGGUUUCAGUCGCACCGGCUGUAAAGGAUCCUUUGGUCAAGAAGCCAGAAACUAAGUUAAAACCUGAAACCCCACCAACUUUUCUAGCAUUCAAGAGAACAGAAGUCAAGACCUCAGCAACAAUUUCGGGGAACUCAGCCAGUACAAGUGUUUCCUCAUCAGCAACCAGUGGCCUUACAGGAUGGGCUGCUUUUGCAGCCAAAACCUCCUCUGCCAAUCCAUCAGCUGCCAAACUGGGAUCAACAGCACAAAGCACCAGUGGGAAACCUGCGGCUUCUUCAAAUAACCAGAAACCCGUGGGUUUGUCAGGCUUGGCAACUUCCAAAACAGGACUUGGGUCAAAAAUAGCAUCUGCUAACAACACCACAAGCCCUGUUCAGCUGAAACCUCCUCCACCUCUGACGCUGGGGAAACCCACUCUUAGCCGUUCAGUAAGCAGCGACAAUGUCAGCAAAGUUGGUCUUCCUAGUCCCAGCAGUGCUGCCCCGAGCACCAGCAGCCAGGGGAGCAGUGGGAACGGCAACAGUGGGACUGCAGGGAACAGUGCGGGCAGCACGAGCAAAACCACGACAGAUACUGGUAAUCAGUCAGCCUCCCUGAAAGGCCCGACUUCUCAGGAAUCUCAGCUCAAUGCUAUGAAACGGUUACAAAUGGUCAAGAAAAAGGCUGCUCAAAAGAAACUGAAGAAGUAGUAUGGCUUCUUCCUAGUUUUGUUGGGUUUGUUCUGUGAAACAGCAGCAUUUGGUGUUUUUCUUAAAAUCCCUUGGUUACUGGACUGAAACAGUAUUUAAAUCAGGGAAGCUCAAAACCUGUGCUAGACAGGAGGUCAAACUUCUUGAUAAUCCUAGUGUUUGCAAAUCUAUAAAUUAAGUAGGUCGGAGAAAUUUGCUAUUAUAUGCUCCUGUUAUUUAGCUCAAAACACUUAAACUUUGAAAUUGUAAGUUUCAUAUUUUGGGUAUCAAAGGCUGAAUUUAUGUGGACACUUAAAAAAAAAAAAAAAAAGAAACUUCCAGAAAUUGUCAUUCUUAAACGUUAUGAAUAAAAUUAUUGUUAAUAUGGGAAAUCAUUGCUGCUUUUCUUUCACCCCAUCUUCCACUACUUAAAAUGCCUCACCUGUUGAGAGUCAUCGAUAUUGUGCAGAGUUAAUAAAGUUUAUCCAGAAGUCCCUUAGGGGAAAAAUAUUUUCUCUUGAACCAUUAAAAAAUUAACUGUUAAACAACAUAUUAUUCUAUUUAAAGUGAGAAUUUUAAGUGGCCUAUCUUGUUUUUAUGCAAUGAGAAACUUCAUGGGUUGUGUUAUUCUCUGAGGGAGCAGAAAAGAGCGUUGGCAGAAGUGAUCCCUAGUCUCGAAAAAUCGAGUGGAAGAGGGCCAGACGUGUUUUCAAACUUUCUUAAUUUGUAAAGAACCUUAAUGUUGUCCUGUUGAAAUGGAUGGAAAAGAAUUGGUAGGCAAUAUAUAUCUUAACUAGAAUCACAAUCCCAUUGAACCAGAUUUUUUUGGUGAUGUGAGAGACGGAAAAAUAGAAGAUGAUGAAGGGAAUUGUCUUGGAUGUCAAUUAUUGCAAUAAUUCCUUUCUGGCACACCUGAAAUAAGUAAGGUUUUUUCAUCAUCUGAGUGUCCCAUGCUAUUAAGUAUUGCUGUAAAAUUGACUUCACCCACUGCAACUAAGACAGCUAGCUGAGAAGGUAUCAGGGCUUUCAGGUGUUCACUCACAUCCCUGAGCUGUUCACAGCCUGUGAUCCCUUGCUUCAUCCCAGCUGCUCCAGGUUUUGUUCAGCUCUGGAGAACUGGCUCAGGCUGAGCAUUGGAACAGGAUGUCAAGUCUUGUUGUCUGUGACCAACAGUCAGCAAUCCUUUCUCCCUCCACUCCUUCUGUGAUAAGGGGAGCAUCUCUGAACUUUGAAAACAUCUCAGAUUUUUGUAAGUAGUUGAAAGCUAUAGCUUUUCUUUGCCAUCCUGUGUUUUAAGUGUGUGUAAAGCUGACACGUGCAGCUAUUUCCCAUACUUCUUUUCCCUUCUCCACAAUUAAGAUUUAGGCUAAGAUUUAUUAAACAUCUAAAGGAAGAGUUUCAUUUACUCAGGGUUGCCUUAGCUGCCUGGAGAAUUUGCAUACUUUUUCAACUAUUAUUUCCUGUGGAGGAAAUAGAGAAAGGUUUUUUUCUUUGUAGUGCCUGUGGCUCCCAGGAAGAUUUAAGAAAUAACAGCACGAGAAGGAGGAAUCCAGAACUUUUUACUGCAUUUUGAUCAGUCUUUCUUCUUCUCUAGCACAGGUUUUUAAUGGUGGUAUCAUAGGAAAAGACACUGAAGCAGUUUCUCUUAGCAAACAGAAGGUGUAUAUUUUCCUAAAUGUUAAUCAGAAAAAUGUUGCCUACGCUAUGAAGUAAAGCAUGAAGAUAGAUUCUUUCAGUGCCUGGAGUGCCCCGAUGUAAAGUGUUCACUUUAGUAGUAAAACCUGCUCCCCCAGGAAGGUUCAAGAUGCUGGCUUCCUCUCUCUUGCCUCUGAAUAUCCAUACAGUUUUGCUUACAAGAGUUCAGGAGGUUAGAGCUGAACUGUGCAGUUUACUUUAGGCACUACAACAUUUCAUGGGACGAACAGAGAAAGAGAAAAUUGUUUUGUUUUGUUUUUUUUAAGUUAUGGUAGCUAGUGCUUCUGAGACCUGAUUGAAGUGUAUCCGGGUGUUUUUACAUCUCUAACUCUGCAUGGGUUGACUGAAGGUUAUCUCUUACUCAUUUAGCAUAAAAUAACUUACACUGCACCUUUUAUGCAUGCUUGUCUUUUCCCUCUAGUAAGGGACUCGGAGGGACCUCAGUAAGUCUAGCUGGACUUGCUGAUAUUGCUAUAUUGGCAAAAUCUGCAAUAGAGCUGCAAUUUGUAUUGGCAAAAGACUUGAUUCUACAGUAACUUUCCCAGCUUUCCAAAUGAAAUAUAAAGUCUCCUUCUGUUGGUAUAAAAAUGUCAGUUAGGAUUGUGAUUCUUUGAAGUAGUAUAUCAGGAAGGAUUUAUAUUUAUGGCCUUCUAAAUUAAGUGUUUAUCUUGAAUAUGUAAGAUAGGCACUGCUGAAGAACAGAGUAGAUUGAAGGGAAGAGUUGCUUUCUGCUUUGAAGUUAUAGUUAAGAUGGAAUUAACAACUGUAUUUUCAGGAAAAGAGUCUGUUCUACAAGAUUGUUGACUGAAUUUGCAUGUCAGGUUGAGGAAUCUAGUGUAGGGCAGAAAGAAGGAAAACCUUCCUGAAUUUUGAGAAGUAUGAGGUCUGACACAAAAGAAAAAAAAAAAAAGAGACCAACCCCAUGUCUUGGGAACCAAGAGUGGAAGGUUGGAGAUGGGUAUAGAACAUGUGCUAACCCGUCACAGUGAGACAAGGCUCAACUCGAUCACUUCACUGAGUACAAGUGGGCAUGUGUUCAAAUGUGGAUGUUUUCUUACCUUCAGUUGGAAAAUGUCGGUGUGCGAGAGUGAGCAGCGAGUUAACAUCAGGUUUCUUGUGAAACUGAAGAAAUCUGCAAUGGGAACUUUUCAAUUAUUGACUGAGGCUUAUGGUGAAGAGAUCCCAACUUGACAGAUCAAGUUGUCGCUUAAAGUGCAUUUUGAAACUUGCUCAUUAUUUUGAUAGUGUUUGACAAGUUCUAAUAUAUUGAUAAACACAGAUGCAUACUAGAAAUGAAGCAUUUUAUCUGUGUGUUUUUUCUCUCCACUGCUAAUUUUUCAGUGACACUAUUUGUAGUUCACAACAGAAGGCAGACCUUGGAUAAUGAACUCUUUGCUUCUGGAAGAAGUCUUGUUUAAAAACCAAAAGAAAUAUAUCUUUAGAAAAAAUAGAUUUUUAUUAUUGCAAUAAUUUAAAACAAGAUUUUUCGUACUAUCUCUGAACAAACAGUACCGUAAGAGGAAUUAUCAGUAAUAGAUCUACAGGACAAGGAUUGUCAUGGCUGUGUUUCUAUUGCAAGCGUUAGGUCUGCUUCACAGAUCUGCAUUUUUACAAGCUAUCUUAAAUGACAGCAGAAGUAUACUUUAACGUUUGAAGGAGGUAAUUACUCAGUAAACCUUCCUGAGAUGAAAAUUCAGAAGGAAUAAUUCUUCAAUCUGUGUUUGCAUUGAAAAGGUGAAUCCUUACUUAAGGUUCACAAGUACCCUGCAAGAAGAGGGAAGAUGGUGACGCACACAGGUGCCAGAGGUCAAAGCCAGACACUCUGUGCUGUUCACUGGCUUGGAUGUUUUCUAGGUUCCAGGUCAUCAAUAGCAACACUUAAGAAUAUUCCCUGAAUGGAAAAACUGUUUGAGUGGACCCAGUUUUGGAAGUACUUGUACAUGCUUAUUGUCACAACAGUUCACACAAGUAAAAUGCACAUCUGAAUAAAUACAAGAUCAUUCAUUUAAACUGCAACCUGCCCCUGCUUCAAUCAAAAUAAAUUAGUUUUGUCAUUAAUGAGAAUAAGAAAACCCUUAAAAGCGUUAUCUACAUUAAAGAAACAGCUGCAAAAAUAUUGCAUAGUCUUAGGAAUUUCUGGAGCCCUAUCAGAGCUUGGUUUCUAGUAAUUAAAGCACUAUCUUAACAAAAAUGUAUCUGAGCAAGUCUAAUAAGAAUUCUUGUAAAUCUGCUUAAUGUAAGAGGGCUUUAAAUUCAAAGAGCAUCUCUUAAUUUUUUGCAAUCAUAGUUUGUAUUAAUCUAUUUUAAACAAAACUAAGUUUGCAAUGUAUCUGUGAUAUCAAGUAUUAGCAGCUGAAACUCUGAAUUUCUGAAAUGAAAUUGAGGCACCUGAGUAAGUACUUUUUGCAGAUCAGUCCCAAGUUACAAGGAUGUAAUAAAGUCAUAUAAAUUAUCCCACAAUAUAAAAACUGUUAUGGGUCCUAACCAUACCCUGGGAUUUUAUAUGGCCUAGUAGGAGUUCCCAAAUCCCACAGAAGUUCAGUAUUCUUCAUUUUUCAUUCUUGUUACUUCAUUUUCUGAACAUUUUGAAGAGCAGCAUUUGAGUACACUUUGAGACACCUUCACAGAGCCUGAUUUUUUCAUGAGAAAUGUACCUAACACUCAAAAUCAGAGCUCUCCCUGCGUCUCAAGCUGAGUUCUCAGAACUAAGACUUCAGAAAUCUUUUACUGACUUUAAUUAAUUUCACUGUCUGAAAUGCAAAACUUCAUCAUUGUGCUUACAUGAGUGCAUUACGCCUACUAAGUACAAUUUGGUCAUUUCUAAAGCUGUUUCAACUAUUGCAAAGUAAAGGUCAUCUUCAAAUAAAGUAUUCUGAAUUGUAAGAUAUACUGAAAAGCUUCUUGUUUGCAUCUUCCUCUUAAUCUUAAAAUAUAAAAGCCAAAGCAGUGUGAACUUGGUAGGGUGAGGUGAAUUGCGGUCUUUCAGUCCAUUUUUCCAAGCUGAUACUCCAUCUCCAAAGCUUUAUUUUCUUCAUUUAACUAAAGGCAAAGCUUUCUGUAAAAACAGCUAUAUCCACUGAUAAAAUGGAUGGGAACCUUUUUUCUUGCUAUGGAAACAGCAAGAUUUAAGUGCAUAAGGUGCUAUACAGUUACCCAAAAUAAUGUGCUGUUAUUACUGCUCGUUGGAUUGCAGUAGUUCACAGAGUUUCAUAUACCCGUUUCUGGAUGUCCAUCUCAGAGAACUUGAAGUUUCUCUAUCAUAUGAUUUAAUCCAGGAUAAAUUUCAGGUUCUCUUCUCUGUGAUCCACUGCA